AUGCACACUUCCACCAGUAGGGCUAUCAAUCCUUUUCCAAACCUUUCCUCUUCUCCUUACAACCCCUCUCCUUACAUUACUGACCAUGAAACUAGUGUUAUUUUCUUUUACCACCACCACAGCCCACUCACAAUUCCUUUAAUCCCAACCAUCCCAAUACCAGUCACUGAGACCGAGCUGAACAUGGCAGCUUCAAGCAACGCCAUGAUUUCUAAACAAGAUGUUCAUGCUCUCAAUGGAGAACAACACAACCCUUCUCAUAUUCUUGCUGGAAAAGGAUCUGUGAAGAAAGAUAGGCACAGUAAAAUCUACACAUCUCAAGGCUUGAGAGAUAGGAGAGUGAGAUUAUCUAUUGAAAUCGCCCAUAAGUUCUUUGAUGUCCAAGACAUGUUACGGUUUGAAAAAACAAGUAAGAUCCUAGACUGGCUGCUCACUAAAUCAAAAAAAGCCAUUAAAGAAUUAUUACAGAAUUGUGAAAUUGUUUCUGAAACUGGUGGCCUAGAGGAGAACGUAAUUUCAAAGAUUGAGUCACUAACCGGUCUUUCUGAUGAGAAAAUUAGGAUGAAGAGUUGCAAAACAGAGCAGUCAAUCUUCUUGCUAAAGAGUCAAGAGAAAAAGGCUAGAGAAAGAGCAAGGGAAAGGACUAGAGUGAAAAUUUCCACUAGAAGGCUCCAUGGGUCAAAAAAAAUGUCCUGA